CCCACCCUACUCUGGAUGACAAGACACCAGCAGCCUCCCCUGGGGAACGAAGCAGUCUGUAUCAAACAACGGGGAGGUGACCUCUCUCUCUGAAGGAAACUGUUGAUGGAAGAAGAAGAGCAGAACCUGUCGGAUAAUGAGUCCUCCAAAAAGAUGGAAAUUCUACGGUUGGAACAGUCUAAGAAGACCCUUAACAGUUUGAACAUGGACCUGGAAAAGGAUCUGCAGAAAAUAGAUGAGGCAAACCAGUCUCUUCUAUUAAAAAUUCAAAUGGAAGAAGAUGUAAACAACAGGUUAGAAGACGAGCUUGCCCGGUUAGCAAAAUUAGUACAAGAACAGGAGAAGAAGGAGCAGGAAUAUACCUUAUCUGACAAGGAGCAAGAUUUGAAAAACCUCAAACUGGAGACAUCAAAACUAGAAAAGAUCAAUGAGGCUCUGACCCAGGGUAUAGUAGAGCUUCAGAGUCAGCUUUCAGGGAAAACGCAUGCGCCCAAAGCACUUCUGCCUGCGGAAGAAAACUUAUCGGAAUCCCCAGAAGUGGCAAAGAUGAAAAUGCAUCAGGCUGAAAAGUCUUUGGCAGAGCAGGAGAAGGAACUGGCCAAGGUACUGGAUGAAUUCGAAUCUGUGCAACAACUCUGUGAGGCCCAGGCCUAUUGCAUAAAGAAAUACCAAGAAGCCCUGAAGAAGAUGGAAGAAGAAGUAGAGAAUCGUUUCCUAGAGAGAGAAGUAUCAAAAGUUCUAAGCAUAUCCUCUGAAACUGCAAGACCAGGGUUAACGCUGGUGGAUGACAUCCAAAAUGAUGCGGAAAUGGUCUCUGUUGAAAAAAAGAGAAGCCUCUUCUGGUACAAGACUCUUGGAUAUCUCUUCUUUACAAUCCUAUUGUUCACCAGGCUACAAGGCUACCUGCUUUUCCAUAUUAACCAUGUAAAUCCAGAUCUGAUAUUGGACACCCUGCCUAAGAUGAUGGGCCGGAGCACCUUGUAUAGGCUGAGGCACUUCCUUCUGCCAUUUUUUACACUGGAGGCAGAAGAGGUCUUGCCUCACUAAUCUCUCUAUAUGUGGUGUACUUGAGUUACUGGAGACAAAGCAUGACUGAAGGCUAUGAGUGAGAAGUGGCCAAAUGGAGGGAAGAAGACUUGGAACAAAGAGUUGCUUUCCCAAGGUCUGCUGUCCUGGUGACCUUCCCAUCGAAAAUUUUCCUUCCAUGAGUUCUCUCCCUCAAUAAAGAAUUUUGACAUUAAA